AAAAAAAUGGUUCUUGAAAUUUGAGCCCAGUAGUAAAGAAGCCAUUAUCAAUGACCCUUUUCGCGGCGGAGUUGAUCGUUCAUGUCCUACCCUUCACCACGCAGAAACUGAAACCCACUUCACAUUCACACCAGAACACUGCAGUGGGUUGCAUAAACAAUCCCCACGAUGCUUCCAGCUUCAUAGACACAGAAAAGGCCACUGCUUCUGCUGAAACAAGACCCACUCAUCUCCUAUCUUCAGAUUUGAAGGAGACCCAUUUGAUGGAAGAAGGCAAGUACAGUGAGUCACUAUCCUUUCCCAAAUACAUGUUUAGUAAAGGUCAUGGAGACAAGCCUGAUACUGUUACUUGUACAAGGUGGAUUAAAAAGUUAAUUAAUUUAGGAGACAUUGAAAAAGCAGUUAGGUUGAUGGAGAUGUUGGAGAAAUAUGGUGAACCUGAUAUAUUUGCUUAUAUUACAUUAAUUAGUGGGUUAUGUAGAGCGAAUAGGAUGGAUUUAGCUGAUAAAGCUUUUGAGAAGAUGAUAAGUAGGAGAUUAGAACCUGAAGCUGUCCUUUGUACCAGGAUGAUUCAAGGGUUUUUUAACUCGAAGAACAUCCAAAAAGCUGUUAGGAUUAUGGAGAUUUUGGAGGAACAUGGAGAACCUGAUGUGUUUGCUUAUAAUGUAUUGAUUGGUGAGCUUUGCAAGGUGAAUAGGAUUGAUUUAGCUAAUAAAUUUCUUGAUAGAAUGAGAAGCAGGGGAUUUGCUCCUAAUGUUGUUACUUAUAAUACAAUGAUUGGGAGCUUCUGUAGUAGAGGGAGGCUUGAUUUGGCUUUCAAGGUUUUGGAUCAAAUGUUGAAAGAUAAAUGUGAACCUUGUGUUGUCACCUACACAAUUUUGAUAGAAGCAACCUUGCUGGAAGGUGGGGUUAAUGAAGCUAUGAAGCUUCUGGAUGAAAUGUUACAGAAGGGGCUUGAACCGAACUUGUUUACUUACAAUGUAAUUAUGAAUGGAAUGUGCAAGGAUGGGAUGGUGGAUAGAGCUUUAGAGUUUUUCAAGAGCUUAAAAUCUAGGGGAUGUGAGCCAGAUGUGGUAUCUUACAAUAUCUUGCUACGGGCACUUUCCAAACAGGGAAAGUGGCAUGAAGGGGAGAAACUUAUGACAGAAAUGGUUUCCAAGGGGUGUGAGACAAAUAUUUUUUUUUACAGCACGUUGAUUAACUCUCUGUGUCGUGAAGGAAAGAUCAAGGAGGCUACAGAAGUAUUGAAGGCUAUGAAACAAAAGGGUUUGACUCCUGAUUGUUAUUGUUAUGACCCACUUGUUUCUGCAUUCUGUGAAAAUGGGAGAAUAGAUUUGGCUAUUGAAUUAUUGGAUUAUAUGAUAUCUGAUGGUUGCCUGCCCAAAAUCUUUAACUACAACACAAUCUUAUCUACUUUAUGCAAGAAUGGUAAUGCUGAUCAGGCCUUGCAGAUCUUUGAGAAGCUUGAUGAAGUUGGUUGCCCUCCAGAUGUGGGAUCCUACAACACAAUGUUUAAAGCAUUAUGGAGCAAUGGAGAAAAAGUUAAGGCUUUGAAAAUGAUGUUAGAGAUGCUAAGCAAAGGGAUUGAUCCUGAUAAGGUUACUUAUAAUUCACUACUCUCAUGUUUGUGCAGGGAUGGAAUGGUUGAUGAGGCCAUAGGGUUGCUAGUGGACAUGGAAACCAGUAAAUUUUGCCCAACAGUUAUUGCCUAUAAUACCAUUCUUCUUGGGUUACAGAAAGCACGUCCACGUAGAAUGGAUGAUGCUAUUGAACUUUUAGCAGCAAUGGUUAAUAAGGGAUGCCUGCCAAAUGAAACCACUUACACAAUAUUGAUUGAAGGGUUUGGAUUUGCUGGAUGGCAGGAUGAAGCUAUAAAGCUGGCUGAGUCCCUUUUCAGGAUGAAUGCUAUUUCUGAAAAUUCAUUCAAACGUUUGAAAAGGAAAUUCUUGCUUGAUGUCUACAAAAAGCUUGCUUAUUCAGAUUCAAAGUAGCUGCUACUUAUCUACCUUCUGCCAUACAUGACCAAAAUGAGUUGCUGCUCAGAAAGCAGUCUUCUUGUAUUUUAUUGUUGUAUGGUAAUUGAUGCCUGCCCUUCAUGCUAAAAGGAACAAAAGGAAAAAGGAAGUUGUCGAUUCUUUCUGUUCUGAAUUGUAGUAAGGAAGAAGUCAAGAAUAGAAAUGUUCUACUACU